AUGAACUCAGCAAACUGCGGACUAUAUGAGUACGCAUUGGAUAAGUAUGAUACUUUUAGUCCAGCGGAAUUACAAGAAUUUGAAAGAAUUGAGUUAUAUGCUCAGUAUGAUCAAGCGCUAUUGGCAAUCCUUAUUGGAUCCGUGACUGACGGUCUUGCCCUCGACCCCGCAGAAUAUCAGUAUAGCAUUAGUAAAGAGCUUCUCCACUAUCUACAAGAGAUGCUUGGUAACACUACGCUUGAUGUGUGUAAGAUUCCGUCCUUAAGAUGUUUCACUUCUUCAGUAUUCAUAUUGUUGCAGCUGACAAUCCACUCUUCUACUAUAUCAGUUUAG